AUGCCGUCGUUCGAUUGCACCUACGCGUCGUCGCCUGUUCUAGCCAUGCAGCCUCAGGCUAUUCAUCAAGUUCCCUGCGGCAGGACCUUCCUGCCACACCAUGCUUCGUCGUUCAGUCAGUCAGUCUCGUGGCCUCAACAGCUCGUCCGAAGCUCAUCACUCGCCGGGCGUAAAAGAUCUAGAGACGAGGCUGCCGUGAAUCUCGACCCUCCACAGAAGGUCGUCGAGCCACCAGUCAUCAAAGAGUCCGAGGACGAAUGGACGUACGGCCCCGGCAUGACCCUCAUCAGAAAGACUACGGGCUAUGUCAUUGAUGCCACCAGCCAAUCCGGCACGUGGGUCGAAGAAAAAGCCGCCGCUGAAGAGACGCGCAAGACCGAAGCUGCCCUCCUUGUACGUGAUCAACUUUCCCAGGAGCGGCCGUCUCUCAGAAGCCACAAAUCGCAACGGCUUGAUAUGGGCAAUGGCGCAAACGAAAACUCCUUAAGCCGACGAUCAAGUCCAGCUCGAGACGUUGCCAACCCAAUGACCGCGUCCUCGGAUUCCCUCACACAGCCAAUCGUAGACGACUUCACAUUACAUCUUGGCAUUGGCUGGAGCCGAAUCAGCGACGAAGAACACAUCCAAGCAGCCGCUCGUGGUUGGGCCCGCUACAUCGAGAACCACUACCCCAUCACCAACGCUCAGAUCCGGCUGGAAAGUCGCGGGUUGCAAUCCUACCUGGUUGAAGCGAACGAGGGCUACUUCCUAUUCGCCGAAAACCUCCGGCAAGGCCGACUCGUUAGCAAGACAGUCGAGGGCGCCCUCCAAAACCUCAAAACCUCCCCGCCCGUCUUCGACAACACCGACACCAUGGUAGCCACCGAAACACCCAAACCUCUAGAGGUGGCACCCACUUUCACAAAGCCUAUACCUACCGUCACGUCUGUCGAGAUGGACAUGAGCUGA